UUUGGCAGCCCGGCAGGACAUAUGCUCCUAAAACAUUCCAUCGAAGGAGGCUUCGAACAACAAAGAAAGUUUGAAUCGAAGGCAGUCUAUUUCGCGUUUCUGUUUUUAGCCGCUUUCCGUGAAGAAUAAACGUGUUACGUGUGUUAAAAAACGCCAAAAAUGAGUGUCAAAGAUAUAUAUUAUUCGGACAAGUAUUACGACGACGAAUUUGAGUACAGGCAUGUAGUGUUGCCGAAAGAUAUCGCUAAGCUGGUACCCAAAACACACCUUAUGUCGGAGAACGAGUGGCGGGCCAUAGGUGUACAGCAGUCCCGUGGCUGGGUCCACUACAUGAUCCACCAACCCGAACCACAUAUCCUCUUAUUCCGAAGGCCUAUUACGAAGUAAGCCGGUUGCCCGCAGGUCGAUGUGCACCAGCGUUUGUGAGUGCGUGUAUGUUAUGAGUAUGCUGCUGAUGCCUGGAGGAAGAAGACUUGUAGGCCUCCAAUAAAAGUAAAGUGCGUUAGCAACCCUUUCGUCUUCACCGCCGUCGGCGUUAUGGCUCACACUUCCAUCGUUCUUCAAGUAUAUUAGCAUCCCGCGGCUAGUUACCGGACUAGUCCUUCAACACAAAGGGUCAGUUGCUUUGCGUUACUUUCCAACUUUACUAACGUAUCGGAUUGGGUUACUCAUCAUAUCCGGGUUUCAAUAACAUACAAACAAAAAACUCCCGUCACAGCGUUUCUCGCUGCGUCGAUGAUAGCUAUCUUCGUUUUGUUCAGUUCUCUUUGUAUUUAAAAGUUAUGUUACGAUUAAAUCAAGAGCAAACACGGGAACAGAAAACAUCGCGAUGAAUGAAAAAGGCAACAAUUCACCUAAACUGAAUGUUCCUCACUCCUUUUCUCUGUCUCACUCAAUCGGUCCUUUAAAUCGUUUAAAUGUACAGAUUUCCACUGACGAAUGUGUUUUUUUUUCUGCAAAAAUAGUGAAAUGCGUGCCUUUUUCUAUGAAAUCACGAAAUUACUUUUAAGGUAAAUUGUACAAAUAUAUUUAUGGCUAGAAAACAAAUCGCUUGAGCAAAGC